AGGCUGUGCAACUUUUCGCGUGAUCCAUCAAUUUGGUCUUGCCGAUCUUCUGAACUUCUGAACAAUAGAAGUAUAACCAAAAUAUAACUUUAUUUCCUCGUGGUUGUGUAAAGUUAGCUAUUAUUUUAUUUUCAAGUUUGAUAGAUAGUUAAAUACAGCUUUCAAAAUGGCAAAAACUGGUGCAGGUGAUAAUAAAUCGUUCAAAACUGGUGUUUAUAAAGACAAAAGUAAGCCUAUGGAUAUAAGGGCUAGCAAUAUCCAAGCUGCCAAAGCUGUCGCAGAUGCCAUUCGUACCAGCCUGGGCCCCAGAGGAAUGGAUAAGAUGAUUCACGCUGCCAACAAUGAAGUAACAAUCACAAAUGAUGGUGCUACUAUUUUGAAGCAAAUGAAUGUUAUUCAUCCAGCUGCGAAAAUGUUGGUUGAGCUGUCGAAGGCACAAGACAUUGAGGCUGGAGAUGGCACGACGAGCGUGGUGAUUGUGGCCGGAGCCCUGCUGGAGGCAGCCGAACAGCUGUUGCAGAAAGGAAUCCACCCGACCACCAUCUCAGACGCAUUCCAGCGAGCCGCUCACAAGUGCGUCGAAAUACUCUCCAAAAUGGCCACCCCCGUACAACUCGUCGACAGGGACAGUCUCAUCAAGAGUGCCUCCACUUCUCUCAAUUCAAAGGUUGUGUCGCAACAAUCUUCACUUCUCGCUCCUAUUGCUGUUGAUGCAGUUCUCAAAGUCAUCGAUCCCAAGAAAGAUACCAACGUCGAUUUGAAAGAUAUUAAAGUGAUCAGGAAGCUGGGAGGAACUGUGGAAGAUACCGAGCUGAUUGAAGGACUCGUUUUCACCGACAAAUCGGCCAACGUCAACGGACCAAAGCGCGUUGAGAAGGCCAAGAUCGGUUUGAUCCAGUUCUGCAUUUCCCCACCAAAAACAGAUAUGGACCACAACGUGAUAGUGUCUGACUACUCGGCGAUGGACCGCGUGCUGAAGGAGGAACGCGCCUACAUCCUGAACAUCGUGAAGCAAAUCAAGAAGGCUGGCUGCAACGUGCUGCUCAUUCAGAAGUCCAUCCUGCGCGACGCCGUCAGUGACCUUGCCAUCCACUUCCUCGACAAGAUCAAGGUCAUGGUGGUCAAGGACGUCGAGCGCGAGGAUAUUGACUUUGUCUGCAAGACGCUGAACUGCCGGCCGAUUGCCAGCCUGGACCACUUUGUGGCGGAGCACCUGGUGAGCGCCGACCUGGUUGAGGAGGUGCAGACGGGAAGCAGCCGCUUUGUGCGCGUGACAGGCAUCCAGAACGCAGGCCGCACCGUCACUGUGCUGGUCAGAGGCAGCAACAAGCUCGUGCUAGAGGAGGCCGACCGCUCCCUGCAUGAUGCGCUCUGUGUCAUCCGCUGUCUUGUGCGCCAGAGAGCUUUGAUAGCUGGAGGUGGUGCUCCUGAAACUGAGUUGAGUCUGCAGUUGGCCAAAUAUGCGGAGGGUGUCAAGGGCGUUGAUGCCUAUUGUUUCAGGGCCUUUGCAAACGCUUUGGAAGUGAUUCCAUCCACUCUGGCUGAAAACGCUGGCCUGAAUCCAAUUGCGACUGUCACUGAACUGAGAGUGAAGCAUGCGUCUGGUGGCGCCACCACUGGAAUCAAUGUCAGAAAGGGUGCUAUCACAGACAUCUUGGAGGAGAAUGUUGUGCAGCCAUUGCUCGUAUCAACCAGUGCCAUCACUUUGGCAUCUGAAACAGUUCGCAGUAUUCUCAAAAUUGAUGAUAUUGUGAACACAAUAUCGUGGUAAACUACGUUCGCUUUAAUUACUUAUCUGGAAGUCAACUCUGUUUAGCACUUGCACCGAAUCAAUUCAACGGUGCAGCGAUCGGUGGAUUGAUUGAAACGAGUAACACCAGGCGGCUUAUUAUUAACGUUGUCAUUUACUUCUUUAAUAUUUCUGUUUAGUUUCGUUCUAACCGUUUAUAAUUAUUUUUUCACAUGAUUACUAACAGAGAUGAAUAAUGCUGAGCACGAAUAUUAUGUCAAUAGUAUUCACUAUUUUUUACUUCAUUGGAAUCUGCAAUUAUUUUCGGUUCCAAUAUUGUAUCAUUCUUGAACAAUAAAAUAAUUGUGAUAACAGAGA